AUGGAGCCGUGGGAGAAGAAAGCCGCCGGGGACGACUCUGACGGCCCCGUCACGACCAAACAGGAAUAUGUUGCCGACGCCGGGGCUAAUGGCACGGAGGAAGAGGGCUCCUCUCUUCACCGUGGCCUGAAGGCGCGUCACAUCACCAUGAUUGCCAUCGGUGGUGCGAUUGGAACGGGCCUCAUUAUUGGUACUGGCAGUGCUUUAGCAAAAGCGGGUCCUGCGUCUGUCUUGAUCUCUUAUUUGAUUGUCGGAUUCAUUGUCUGGAUUGUUAUGUGCUCCCUAGGUGAAAUGGCUGCAUGGCUCCCACUCCCUAGUGGUUUCACUGGCUAUGCUGUUCGAUUCUGUGACCCCGCCCUCGGUUUUGCUCUUGGAUACAGUUACUAUUUCAAAUACAUCAUCAUCACGCCGAAUCAGUUGACUGCCGCUGCACUGGUUAUCCAAUACUGGAUAAAGCGCGACAGAGUCAAUCCGGGUGUUUGGAUUGCAAUCUUCCUGGUAAUAAUUGUUGGAAUUAACUAUUUCGGUAUCCGAUUCUUCGGCGAAUUCGAAUUUUGGCUGUCGUCGUUCAAGAUUGUCGUCAUUGUUGGCCUCAUCUUGCUGUCUCUCAUCCUCGCGCUAGGAGGUGGACCUGAUCGUGAUAGGAAAGGCUUCAGGUACUGGAAAGAUCCGGGUGCCUUUAAUACCUAUAUAACGACAGGAGAUUCCGGGAGGUUCUUGGCUUUCUGGUCAACAAUGGUGACGGCCACCUUUGCUUAUCUUGGAACUGAACUCGUCGGUGUCACCGUAGGAGAAGCACAGAAUCCCCGCAAGACGAUUCCUCGUGCCAUCAAGCUCACCUUCUACCGAAUCCUCUUUUUCUACAUCUUCAGCGUUUUCUUGCUGGGCAUGUUGGUCCCAUACAACUCGACCGAGCUUGCUUUCGCCACAAAGCAAUCUAACUCCGCCAACGCCUCGCCAUACGUCGUUGCUAUUAAGCUAGCUCAGAUCAAGAUUCUCCCGGAUAUUUUGAACGGCUGUAUCCUCGUCUUCGUCUUUUCUGCUUCCAACUCUGAUCUGUAUAUUGCCACACGAACGAUUUACGGCUUGGCCAAAGAAGGAAAGGCUCCACGAAUUCUGGCACGAACCGACCGCAGAGGUGUUCCCAUUUAUGCGCUUGCUCUGUCCAGCGCGUUUGCAUUGCUGGCGUUCAUGAACGUUUCUGACGACUCGAAGACUAUUUUCGGAUACUUUGUCAACCUCGUGACAAUCUUUGGUCUCUUGACCUGGAUCUCUAUUCUUGUCACCCAUAUCUAUUUCGUCAACGCGCGCAUUGCUCAGGGUAUCGAGGAAUCGACCCUUGCGUACAAGGCUCCCCUCGGCAAAGGAGGCUCGUAUUUCGCAUGCGCUUUCUGCAUUCUCGUCUCUUUCACGAAGAGUUACGAUGUCUUCAUCAACAAAAAGGCCGGUAAGUUCGACUACAGGAACUUCGUUACCGCAUAUCUCGGCAUUCCAAUCUAUCUUAUCAUGAUUUUCGGAUAUAAAUUCAUCACCAAGACUAAGGGAGUUGCGCCCCAUGAAGCGGACCUCUUCACUGGCAAAGAUGCCAUUGAUCGAGAAGAGCAGGAAUUCUUGGCACGCAAGGAAGCUGAACGUGCGAAUAACAAACAAGCCAGCUGGUUCUAUCGGAUCUUUGUUGCCUGGCUUUUCUAA